AUGACGUUCAUUUUAAUGAAAAUUAUUUGCGAUUUAAAUUUAAAUACAAAUACUGAAGCUCGUGAACAACAACGUCGUUUUGUAAAUGAACGUUUUCAACGUUCAAAUGAAAAUAUUGAUCAUUCAAUUGAACAAUCAAAAAAUCAUGUUCAAAAUGUUCGUGAACGUUUACAUGAAUUUAAAAUUUAUGAAAAUAUUGAUGAAUUAAAACAUAUACCUAUAUGUUUACAAUUUUAUUCAAAUAAACAUUUAUAUAUUCAUGAAUCAUUAUUAUUAUUAAAAGUAAAAGAACAUCAAGAAUUACGUUUAAUAAAUGCAUUAUCAGAUAUUGAUAUACAAGUAAAAAAUGAACGUUUAGAAUUAAUAAAUCAAUUAUUUGAUAAACUUGAAAAUAAAAAUGUUUCAACAUCAAUUAAUUCAACAUUAACAACAAAUAAAAAUGAUCAUAAUUAUUUAUCACAUAUACGUGAAAAUCGUCUUUUAAGAAUACAACUUGAUCAAGAUUUUGAAUCAGAAAAAAUUAUUAUUUGA